AUGAGCCAGGGCACUUUGGAAGCUGGCGGCCCCCUCUGGGGCUGGGAUUGGGACGGUGACGAUGACUGGGAAGGAGCUGUGCUGGCCCUGCUGGCCCUGGCUGUGGUGGCCGCCACAGCGCUGGCUUUGCACUGGUUUGGCCCCGGGCAGGAUCAGCAGGCAGCAAGACCGGAGUCCUCAGCCCCCGGGACCCAGCCUGCCCAGGCGGGAGGAGCCAGGCCGACUCUGCACCCAAAGCCCAAGGUCAGUGGUGGCCACGAGGGACAGAGCCCAGGGCAGGGGAAGCCAGGUCCUCUGGGAUGUGGCCAUGGGGGCCAGGCUGCGGCAGGAGCCCAGGGCUGCGAACCCUCUGGAGGUGGGGACCUACACCCCAAAGCCAGGCUUCUGCCCAAGACCCCGGGCGAGGCGCUCGGCAGAGGGACCUUGGGACAGCAGCAUGGCGGCGCCACCCCAGAAGCCCCCGGAGGUAGAAGAAGGGAGCCCCUGGAGCUAAGCACUGCCCUCUUGGGUGGGAGCCAAGCAGGGGGCGCGCCUGCCCCGGUCGUGAUCCACUUCACCCCGCGAAGUCCUGGCAGCGAAGCCGAUGUGCAGCCGGAGGUGGGACGCGUCAGCACCAAGGGCCCAGAGCACCGGGACUCCAGCCGCUGGCAGCUGGGUGCGGGGCUUCCGGGAGCACCGGAGCGAGGCCGGGGCAGCCGGCGGCGGCACAGGGACGCAGGCUCCGGGGACAGAACCCGCCACCGCCCGAAGCCCGACCCGCGCCGUCUGGGCACGGUGGCCAGCGUGUGGGACGCAGUGGAUGCGGCGUCUGCUGCUGCCGACUCUGGCGCUCACGCUCGCAGCCCCUGCGCUCAGCGCCCUGCAGUCCAGGAGCUGUCUCCGGGCCGCGCCCCGUACACUGGAUCUGGGUCCGACAGCCCGGAGGGCAGACGAGGGAAGAGCAGCCGCCAGCCAGCCCCAGCCCCAGGUCUGCGCUCAGGGGCUGAGGCUGGUGACAGCGAGGACACCGCGUCCGCCGUCCCCGGGGAAGGCUGGCCCUGGGCCUGGAGGGAGGUCCCGGGCUCCUUGGAGGGGCCGUCCUGGGGCCGCCUGCUCUCGUCCCAAGGGCCGGGGGUCACGGGUGCUUGCCCGGCGGGCAUAGCCCAGGCUAACGGCUCCAGAGAGGAUCGCCUGUCGCUCGGCCAAGGGCCCGCCGGCGCAGAGAAGCCAGGGGCCGGCCACGUCGUCGCAGAAGGUAGGGCGUCGGGGCAAGGCCAAGGCGGGCUGGGCGGUCGCGGCGCCUCUGGGGCGGGAGGCAGCCGCACCCAGCCCCUGCCCAGUGCUGCCACGCCUCCGCCUCGCGGCCCUAAGGCUCGCCAGCGCCAGGGCCUCCAGCCUGCAACCGCGACCCCCUCUCCUAACUCUUUGCUGCUAGGAGUUAACCAGGGUCCUGAUGGCGAACAUCUCAGAGCAGCGCCAGCCCCAUUGUCAGCCCCAGUUACAGCCCCAGCCCAAGCCUUAACCUCAGCUCCAUCAGCAGUCCAAACCCUAACCCUGACCCCAACCCCAGCCUCACCCCCACCCCCAACUCCAACUUCUUCUCCAGCCUCAGUCCCAGCUCCAAUCUCACCUCCAGCCUCAGGCUCAACUCUAUCCCCAACCCCAGCCCUAAGCCCAACACCAAGCCCAGCCCCAGCCCCAACACCAAGCCCAGCCCCAGCCCCAACACCAACACCAAGCCCAGCUCCCACCGCAGCCCCAACACCAGCCCCAGCCCCAACACCAACACCCAGCCCAGCCCCAGCCCCAACACCAAGCCCAGCCCCUACCGCAGCCCCAGCCCCAACACCAAGCCCAGCCCCCACCGCAGUCCCAGCCCCAGUCCCAGCCCCCACCGCAGCCCCAGCCCCAGCCCCAGCCCCAGCUCCCACUGCAGACCCUGCCAGUGGGCCAAGGCCUGUGUCGCAGGAGCCCAGGGUGGCUCUUUCCGGGGGCUACCAGGAGAGGCAGAUCUCCACCAGCUGGGGCAGUCUCAUAGCCAUGGUUCUCAGAAGCCAUCCCUUCCCCAGGCAAGCGAGGCCCCCAGGACGUGCCCCAAGGACAGCCCCUGGGCCCCCUGCGCCUCUCAGCGUUUCCACACCCUCUGAGGACGGCCAGCCAGCUUCUGCCUCUCAGGGGGCCGUGCUUUCAUUAGGGAUGGCCACAGAGGCAGGCGCAGGGGGCUUGGCUGGAAGCUUUGAGAGCAACGGGGCCCCCACCCCUGGCUCAGCCCCAGGCCCAAGGGAAGAUGUAGCUGAGAAGGAAAGUCUAGACUCACUGCCCCCAGCUGCAGUGCCCAGGGCCCCCUCCCAACCUGUGGCACCGUCCCAGCAGGGCCCUGCACCAUCCCCUGCCGUGAGGUGCGGGUCACAGCCAGUGCCCAGGCCUCGGAAGCGCAGCCUCUGUGAAGUAGCCCAGAGUUUUGAGCGGGAGGAAGUUGGGCAAGGGCAGCUUGCUCCCCCAGGGCAGCGUGGGGGGGAGGCGGCGGGGCAGGGGACCAGCCCCUCAGGCAGCGGGGUGCUCCUCACAGAGAGGCAGAAAGAGACCCGCAAGCUCAUGGCUUUCCUGCAGAGGCCUGGGAGCUGGGGGGUGGUGGAGGGGGCCAGGAAGCCCCGCUCCUGGGCCCUGGAGCCAGCCAAGGCAGUGGCCCUGAGGCGGCAGCUGGACCUGGGCAGCUGCCUGGAUGUGCUGGCCUUUGCCCAGAGGCAUGGGGAAGCCGGCCUGGCCCAGGAGACCUACACCUUGAUGAGCAACAACCUGCUGCAUGUGCUGGGAGACCCGGACCUCUACCGGCAGCUGAGCGGGGCUGACCGUGAGCGUAUCCUGGGCCUGCGGACUGGUCAGGGCCAGGCGGUGCUGGGGGUCCUUGUGCUGCCCAGCCUCUACCAGGUGAGCCGCUCGGGCUCUCGUGGCGAGGAGGCUCCUCCAUCCGGACCUCCGCUCUUGCCUCCUCCUACGCACCUGCACGUGUUCAACCCCCAAGAGAACACAUGGUGGCCCCUGACUCAGGUGCCAGAGGAAGCCCCGCUCCGGGGCUGCGGUCUCUGUACCAUGCACAACUAUCUGUUCCUGGCGGGGGGCAUCCGUGGCUCUGGUGCCAAGGCUGUCUGCUCCAAUGAGGUCUUCUGUUACAACCCUCUGACCAACAUCUGGAGCCAGGUCCGGCCCAUGCAGCAGGCCCGAGCCCAGCUCAAGCUAGUGGCCCUGGACGGGCUGCUGUAUGCCAUUGGAGGCGAAUGCCUGUACAGUAUGGAGUGCUACGACCCACGCACAGACGCCUGGACCUCGCGGGCCCCCCUCCCCGCAGGCACCUUCCCCGUGGCCCACGAGGCUGUGGCCUGUCGUGGCGACAUCUACGUCACAGGAGGCCACCUCUUCUACCGCCUGCUCAGAUACAGCCCCGUGAAGGACGUGUGGGACGAGUGCCCCUACAGUGCCACCCAUCGGCGCUCCAGUGACAUGGUGGCGCUCGGGGGCUUCCUGUACCGCUUCGACCUGCUGCGGGGCGUGGGUGCUGCCGUGAUGCGCUACAACACAGUGACAGGUUCCUGGAGCCGGGCUGCCUCCCUGCCCCUGCCCGACCCCGCCCCGCUGCGCUGCGCUGUGCUGGGCAACACCAUUUACUGCCUCAACCACCAGGUCACGGCCACGUUCACCGUCUCCGAGGGGACGGCCCUGUUCCAGGCCAAGGAGCUGCAGCCCUUUCCCCUGGGGAGGAAGGGGGUCCUCAGCCCGUUCGUCCUGACCCUGCCCUCUGAGGGUCCUCUGCAGACCUCCCUGUGAGCCCUGCAGGAAGCGUGGGAAGCAGCGGGAUCAGACGCUCUGCUCUCGCUUCCGGGACAACCUCCCCUUCCCGCUAGACUGUCUCUGCCUUGAGGACUGUCACGCAUUGUUGGAGCGAGAGUUCUUCCCCUGGAGCCCAGACCCCUUCAGCUUCCCUGCUCUGCCCCACCACGCCUCGACCGUCUCCAGCCCCGACUCCUUGCCCAGUUGCCUGCGGGUCCCUCCUCUGUGCGGGCACCUUGGUUCCCUGCGUCAGGGACGGGAGCUUCCCCAGGGACAAGGACGUGGCUCAAGGAAGGAGACGGCAGGGAGCGCAUGGUACUUCCAUGCCUACCUAGGGGAAGAGGGAGCAAAGAGGCGCCCAGGAAGUGGCCUUGUCUGAGAGAUGCCUGUCUCUCCUCGGGCAGCCCUCCUGGCCUUUGGCACUUGGCUCCUUGAGGGCCUGGAGCCCUUGUCUGUGAAGCCGGCUUAGAUUGGUGCCAUCCUGCCAUCGCAGCGCCUGCCCAUGACUGGGCCAGACUGGGCUCGUGCCCCUCUGCGGCAUCGCAGGUCUGCCCCAGCCCCUCCAGAAGCACAUCCCACAGCCCUUCUACCUCUCCUCUCAGUGAGAACUGUGUUCCCCCUCGUCUGCCCUUAGGGGCUGUGUGGACUUGGAGAAGAUCAUCAACUUCCCUUUUCAUUGUCUAAGAUGAGAUAAUGGACUUCGGUCCUCAGGAGCUGUGGGAGGACGCAAGAUCGCAGACAUGGGCACCUGGUGCGGGGCCAGGACACAGAGCUGGGGAUGUGACGCGUCUUCUCCCCACACCCACUCUGGAACCCGGAUUUAGUUACUCCGAUGGAAUGCUGCUGCCUGCCCAACCUCUUGCCUCCCCUGUUUCUGUCUGAGAACUUUUUUGCUUUUGAUACUCUGCUUAGCGCAGUUGGCACCAAAUACAUGUUUGACUCCGUGGAAGCAUCUGCAUUGCCAGUCAUGUUUUGUUCACAAGGCUGAUGCACUGCUGGGUAGGGCUCAACGCAGCACAGAAAGGGACCUGCAGCCAUGCUUGA